UCGUCUCAAUGCUCAGUACCGCUCACCCGUAGCCCGAGAUCAGUCGUUUCCCGUGCUUUAAACAAAUAAAAAGAAAAAAAAAAUGGCCCGAUACGGAUUCACCGCAUUGAACCUUGCUGUUCUUCUGGCUCUAUUCGAAAUCGGAUCCUGCUUACGUUGUUACCAAUGUAACUCUGAAUCUGACCCCGCUUGUGGAGACCCCUUCAAGAGCAACAAGCACUUGGUGGACUGUACUACCCAAGACUCCAUCAACUACAACCAACUGUACCUGCGCAGCAUUCUUCCAGCUGAAGUCUUUAGCAGCGUCGUUGGAGCGCCCAGAUACUGCCACAAAAUUGUGAUGCAAACCGGUGCCGUUGUCCGCACGUGCCUUGACGCCAACCCCGCCGACAUCAACCACACCUGCCGCUCCCUGGAGAACUCCUCCAAGCUCGCCACCACCGACAUGGCCAAGAAGAUCAAGCACUGCAGCGUGUGCGACAAGGACAGCUGCAACGCCGCUACCUCCGUCUCCUUCUCUCUCCCACUCGCUACCCUGGCACUCAUCGCUUCAUACUUGUUCUGCAAGCAAUAAUAUCCAACAGACUUCGAAGCAAGUGAACAACUAUUGGUCUAGCUUAGGCGAUACUUCGUGUGUACACAACAGCUUGCUAUUGUUAAAAAAUGCGAUUAAUUGGGGUGCCAAACGACUUAUAUUUCAACAUUUUAAGCAUUUACAUACAGUUUCUAACCAUUGGUAAAGCCAUAAAUGCCUUUAAAGAUAACAACGGACCGUCCAAUUGAUUGUUUGUUUGCUUUAUUUGUUUUAGUGUUUAAGAUAAGGUAAAAUAACUCGGGUAAUCACGGAGAGUAAUACAGGACAUUGACACCGGUAUGAGUACCAAAAGUACAUGUAACAAAUAUUUAUUAGACUUGUUAGCAAUACAAUCUGUACCUGGCAUUGUUAUGUAGAUAAAAAGAUUUUAACGAAACUUUUUUAAAUAAGACACGUAUGAAUAAAAUGUAUUUACAAUGUUCACUGUGUAUAUAUUUAAUGUAUUUAGCGAAAUAUUGCAUAAAAUUAUUGUUUAAGAAAAACUAGCUACGAUCAUCGUAAUUGUUACGUAUAAGCUUUGAUGUGAUUCACUCACUCGUUGUAGUCAGUUCAAAAACAUGAUAUAAGCAUUUAUGUAUUUAUGUAUAGUUAAAGGCCGUCCUUUUAUGUGUAUGUAUGUGUAUUUUUAAUAAAAUUAAACAAAA